AAAGAUGACGACGAAAAAAUAAAAAAUCUUGUCAAAGCCGGGCCAAAAAAAAAAUAAAGAGAAAAACAUUUAUAAUAUUUAUAAUAAAUGUAAGAAUAAAUAAAGUGUAAUUAAUAAAAAUAAGUUGUUAAUUUAAAAUUAAUAUAAUUAGUGUGUGUUUUUAUAUUAAAAAUAUAACAAAAUUUUGAAUAUGUGGAAAAAUAAUUGUACGACGUGGCUGAGUAUUAUCUCAUUGCUGUCGUCAAUAUUAUUUGCUGAUGGCGUUGAAUUAACAUUUGAAUUACCAGAUAAUGCUAAACAAUGUUUUUAUGAUGUUAUUGAAAAAAAUGUAUCAGCAACAUUAGAAUUCCAGGUUGUUACUGGUGGUCAAUAUGACAUUGAUGUUGUCCUGGAAGCACCAAACAAGGAAGUAAUAUAUCGUCAAGUUAAAACUCAAUUUGAUUCUCAUACUUUUAUUGCUCCAUAUACUGGAGAAUAUAAAGCUUGUUUUAGCAAUGAAUUUUCAACAUUUUCACACAAGUUGGUGUAUAUGGAUUUUCAAGUUGGUGAUGAAUUGGCAUUACCUGGUCUUGAGGAACACGUUACAGUCAUGACACAGAUGGAAUCAUCAGCGCAAGAAGUACAUAAAAAUCUUGUACGUAUGGUUGAUUAUCAAACAUCACACCGAUUGCGAGAAGCUCAAGGUCGUAAACGUGCUGAAGAUCUGAAUGAGAGUGUUCUUUGGUGGUCCAUCAUGGAGACACUUGCUAUUGUUUGCAUUAGUAUAUCACAAGUUUUAGUUCUCAAGACAUUUUUCUCUGAACGUAAGCCAGUCAAUUACACCAGACUUGCUGGAUAAAUUAUUACCAUUCAAUAGAACUUUUUUUUUUUUUGUUGUUGGUCUUCAAAACAAGACAAUUGAUACUUUAGUUAAUUGAUCAGUUCAUAAUUAUCAAUGCCAUUUUAAUUAUUCAUUUGUUUUUUUUUUUUUUUUCAUGUCAUAAUCAUUUGUCAAUAUUUCAAAUAAUAUUCAAUUUAUUUACUUAAAAUAUUUAUAUAAAUUCUUUUUGGCAUUAUUAUUUAGUCAUUUGUUGUUUGUUCAAGUGAAUGCUUCUGUUGUAAUAUAAAAGUAUCAAAAAUUAAUGGAGAAUUUUGUGAAAAAUACUUUGUACAAAUUUCUUUAAAUAAAAAAAAAAUAUCUACACCAA